CUUUAUGUAGGAAAAGAAACAGGAAACUCCGGCGAUUUGCUCAACACUUCAAACGGCGUCGGGAGAAGCCAAGCGCGAAGCUGGACGUCAAUGACCCAAAUAUCUCUUUAUUUUUAUUCAAGCAUGGCUGUCAAGACACACGACUGACUUUCUCCUCUAUUUUUUUUAUAACGUUAUAAUUCUCCAACUCAUGUUUUGAAAAGCUGCACGCGAGCGCGUGUGUCUGCGAGAGUUGAGCGUGAGAUUUCGGGGUGACUCCCUCAUUUCACUUGUGCAUGAUACUUUUUUCUCUCAUUUUCGGCUCUUCCACUUUUUGUAUCGUCCGAACGCUUUUUUUAACGCCUGGAAGAUGGGGUGCACCCUGGGCACGGGCGAUAAGAACGCCAAUGACAGGAGUAAAAUGAUAGACAAAAACCUUCGGGAUGAUGGAGAGAGGGCAUCGAGAGAAGUCAAGCUGUUGCUGCUGGGGGCUGGUGAAUCUGGAAAGAGUACAAUUGUUAAACAGAUGAAAAUCAUCCAUGAGGAAGGUUAUUCAGAGGAGGAGUGCAAACAGUUCAAAGCGGUGGUCUACAGCAACACCAUCCAGUCCAUCAUCGCCAUUAUCAGGGCCAUGGGCCGUCUGAAGAUCGACUUUGAAGAUGUAGGACGGGCUGAUGAUGCGCGGCAACUGUUUGCGCUAGCUGGCUCAGUGGACGAAGGGUUCAUGACGACAGAGCUGGCCGGGAUUAUGCAGAGACUGUGGAAGGAUUCAGGGGUGCAAGCUUGUUUCGCUCGGUCCAGAGAGUACCAGCUAAACGACUCGGCAUCAUACUUCCUGAAUGACUUGGAGAGAGUAUCCAAUCCGUCCUACAUCCCCAAUCAGCAAGAUGUCCUGAGGACGAGAGUGAAGACCACUGGUAUUGUGGAGACCCACUUCACCUUCAAAGAUCUUCACUUCAAAAUGUUUGAUGUGGGUGGCCAGCGAUCUGAGAGGAAGAAAUGGAUUCACUGCUUUGAGGGUGUGACCGCCAUUAUCUUCUGCGUGGCUCUAAGCGACUAUGAUCUCGUCCUGGCUGAGGAUGAAGAAAUGAACCGAAUGCAUGAAGCUAUGAAGCUGUUUGACAGCAUCUGCAACAACAAGUGGUUCAACGACACUUCCAUCAUCCUGUUCCUCAACAAGAAGGAUCUGUUUGAAGACAAAGUCAAGAAAAGCCCGCUUACAAUUUGUUUUCCAGAAUAUCCCGGAUCCAGCUCUUAUGAUGAGGCAUCUGCGUAUGUUCAGAGUCAGUUUGAAGACUUGAAUAAGAUGAAGGACACCAAGGAGAUCUACGCACACAUGACCUGUGCCACCGACACCAAGAAUGUGCAGUUCGUCUUUGACGCCGUCACUGAUGUCAUCAUCAAAAAUAACCUGAAGGACUGCGGGCUCUUUUAAAGGAGCCAUCUCACUGUACAGUACCGAGUGGCCUGACAAAACAACUUUGCAAGGACGAGAGGCAGAACCAUGAAGAUGAAUGUUGAAAUCACUUCACUUUUUUAUUUAGCCUAUGUUCUCUGAACAUUUAAACAUUUUUAGAGCAUUUUAGGAAAAAAAGCCUUUUGUGUAAAAUAUUUGUACAACUGUACGUUUUCAUCAUUUUUAGGAUUUUACUUUACAGGCCCUUUCAAAGGGGUAUUUUUAAUUCUAAGGGUUUCGGGGAACAUUUUCUUAUUUUACUAUGAAUGUAAAGGUCAUGCGCCUUGCAUUUUGUUGCUGUUAAAUGUUGCUGUGCUUCAACUGAGUUAGUUGAUAUUUAUCCAUGCAGCUGUUACGAAAACCUUUUAACUUAUACACUCUAGACUAAGGAAACAAGAUAAGACCAAACAACUGUGUUAGAACUGUGAAUUUGAAGGGCAGAGCCACCUUAUGAGGUCAGUUUUGUUUGGUCAUGUAUUUAUAAAACUGAUCUGAGCACAGCCAUUAUUGCAAGGACAGUGCGUGCCUAUGUCAGAUUUGCCUGUCAGUGGAAUGAUGGAAAAACUGUGGUGAGACUGAAAUCUGGUGAUGAAUUUGGUUCUCUGCACCUGCAAAUCAUGAACUGUUUAAGUACUCUGUGAAAGGGUGAGGAAUAGAGUCAUUUUAAUGUCUUUUUUAUUGAUAAAAGGGAACUAUUGUUAAACUAUAAACGGACCAAAGGUUUUCAUACCUCUGAAUUACUAAAACACAUUUCCAUUUUUGCACUACAGUAGGUCCACAUGUCCAUGUUAUAGAACAAAAUCUAUCUGUACCAUGGUGUGAAACCUUACAGCAGUGCAAACUGUUUUACUGAUAGUAAAAUGUAUGAUCAAUUAAAACUACACUUUCCUAAAAUGUCAUUUCUCAUUGAAUGGAAGCAAAUGUUGACGACUGUCCACUAUUUUGCUAAUAAAACAUGCUGUUGCAAUGAUGGCAUACU